AUGCCUAGGCCAACCUGUAUCAACCUCAUCUCUUUCUUCUACCCCAUCGGAAACACUCCCGCCGAUGCCGAUAUCUUGCUGUUGGGAUGUGGAGAUUUCCGAAAUAUACUGUUCACAGCAUACGCCGACACGGCACCAACCACACGGAGUUUGGAUAUCACAUGUUGCGAUAUCGAGGGAGCCAUCAUCGCACAAAACAUUCUGGCUUUCACCGUCCUGCUCGAUGACACAGAGGGCAAGCAACAUUCGAAUCUCUGGCAGAUCUACUACCAUAUGUACAUGGACGAGAAGUCACUCAAACUUCUGCAAGCUCAAGCCAAGAAGUUAGUUCACUUUGCAGAGACAUUCGAGUCCUGGAAGGCUGGAAAGUAUGGCACUAUUUUUAAAUUCUGCGAGGAAGGAACAUUCAACAUUGUCAAGAAGCUAUGGGAGGAGUACGCAACUUUCAAUCGAUCCAGAAACGAACAAGCGGGCUAUGACAACCGAUUCAAGGCCAAAAUCGAGGAUGCAAUCAGAAAGAAGCAAGACUUUGGCAGGGAAGGAUUAAAUUUGAGUGCGCUACGAUCUGCUUCUCCGGCGAGUAUCAACCCCGGCCAGGAUGCACCCAAGGCUCACGAGCACUUCUGGAAAUACGGCACGACAGACCGGAAUCCAUCCAAAUUGCCCCGAGACAGAAAUUCCAACCCGACUUUUGCUUCACAGAACACAGACAUUUUUACACUUCAUUAUGGAACUGAUCUGCACUUGGGAUUCCCUCUUGCAACCGCUUACGUGCCUCUCGUAAAGGACUCGCCUCUUGCGGCAGGGAAGGGAUCUCGGUCAGAUUUCCAAAGAAUCACUGAUGCUGCACGAACUCAUUUUCGUGCCUGGUGCGUGGCAUUUCGAACGUUUGCAAAGAAUUUGACCCUGCGUUUCUUCGUAGGAGACGCAAUUGCUUUCUGCCAUACCCUACAGCACGUCAAAACCAUCGGAAAUGCCGAGAGUCAUUGGUACCGCAACAAGUACACUACGGAGAUCAUUAAACUUGACACACAUGAAUACAGCUCAUCAGGUUCAUCACCAGUCACGUUCGAUGUUAUCGAUACGUCCAAUCUUGUCGAUCAUCUCGGCCCAGUAAAUGUUUUGGUUGCGGCGUCUCCACUUCUUAAGCGGAACAUCACUUCCACAAUGUACACCGAGUCUCUGGUUGCAAGAGAGAAGAAUCGCAGGGAUUUGAUGGAGAAGUUACUGUGUGGCUCGCUAACCCACGGUGUCACUUCUUCUGGGACUGGUUCCGAUCGAGUACUGAACUAA